CGGGACUAGUGAAGCUCCCCACGCUUACUGGCAUCAGACCCCUGGCACGACCACCUCAAUUCCACCCUUGCUGCAUUCCUACCCCAGUUCUUGCGUCCCUGCGUCUUGGUUUCCCCGCCCUCUGGUCAGGCGCACCAUCAUGAGGUGAAUGCCAAACAAAAGUCUGGAGCAAAUAAAUAGUAUGGGGCGCUCCCCCAGAUCCGGUCAGGGACUUCCCCAGUUUCUCGGCUGCUUCCGUUCCCUGCUCCUCCCUGCCCGGAUCACACCGCGGGUCUUGUUCGUAUACUGCCUCAUCUUCCUUGCUACCAUCAUCUUCAUAGGCAUCAGGAUGCAUUUCAGAACCACUCUUUCUUCUGUCCUCUACGGGAUGCCCGCGCUGUCACAAAUCGCAUCUGUGUCGGCCGCGGCCACCGCAGACCCUUUCCGCCUCUACACCAUCAGCGCAGAAAACAUCACUGCCAAGCUCAUCCCAUAUGGGGCACGCUUGACCUCUCUGCUCGUGCCUGACCGCGACGGCAACCUACAGGAUGUUGUCGUAGGCUAUGAUGACCCCAAGCAGUACCUCAUCGACACCGAAACAAAUCACACUUACUUCGGUGCGGUUGUCGGUCGGUAUGCCAAUCGUAUUAAGAAUGGCACUUUCGAUAUUGGCACUUCUGUGUACCAUAUCCCUGAAAACGAGAACGGUGGCGAAGACACGCUCCACGGUGGCUGGGUGGGUUAUGACCAGCGUAACUGGACAGUCACCUCGUACACCAACUCCUCCAUCACUUUCAGUUUCGUUGAUCGUGGACUGGAGGGCUUCCCCGGAGACGUUGUCACCCAUGCCACGUUCAGCGUUCAGACUGAAACCACCACCGAGAACCCCAGGGGUCUCCCUCAGUUGACUACCAAACUCGUGUCCCUGGCCCUGACCGAGACGACGCCCAUCAUGCUUGCCAACCACAUCUACUGGAACUUGAAUGCCUUCAAAGACGAGACAGUCCUGAAUGACACCUGGCUACAGCUCCCGCUGUCCAGACGGUUCAUCGGCUCAAACGGAAUCUUGAUUCCCAACGGCACCAUCCUAGAUGUGAGCGCCUACGACGGCGCUACCGACUUCACCACCGGAAAGCUUGUGGGCGAGGACAUCGAAUCUGCAGAUGGUCUAUGCGGAACCGACUGCACCGGAUACGACACUUGCUUCAUCGUGGACCGUCCCCCUCAGUAUGCUGCUCGCAACUCUAUUGUUCCCAUUGUCCACAUGAACUCCAGCACCACCGGUAUCAGCCUCGACGUCGCCACGAACCAGCAGGCACUCCAGAUCUACUCCUGCAAUGGCCAGAACGGCACCAUCCCCGUCAAGCAAUCCCAGAUCAAGCGCAACCAGGAGGAGGGAAUCGACGGAGCUGAGUACGUCAACAAGUAUGGCUGCAUUGUCAUUGAGACGGAGGGUUGGAUCGACGCCAUCAACCAGCCCCAGUGGGGUCAGCUCUCCGAUCAGAUCUAUUCCCCCGAGACCGGCCCUGCCGUCAACUGGGCUACCUACCAGUUCGGUACUAUCUAGUCCACGAGUUGCAUGCAGCUUGAAUUCUCGCCCUGGUUGGCCAUCUAGCUGGUUCUUGGGCUCAUGCUUUCCAUGAAGUUGAUUUUGGUUUUCUCGCCUCUUAAAAUCCCUCCUUGUAAAUUCCGCGGCCGUGUACAUACAUACUGUGAUACGUCACGUCAACUUUGACAUGGGACGUGCACAAGCUUCUACGUUGAACGUGAUCGCUAGGAAUCUAAUUUAACAAAGUUUGAAACUCGAAAUUCUCAGUCAUUCUGCUUUAAAGAUUCUAGCGGGUAUCGUAUCUACUGCUAACUGUUUUGACAACCUCAUUAAGGACAAAACCACAGGGUAUUUCAGAAGACGGGACAACAAGAAAACAGGAAUGCCUUCUCCUACAGUCCCAGACAUGAUUU